AUAGACAUAAUAUUAUUGAGUAAUUUUUAUAGACGUUUUCGGUCGGAGUGCUUUAUCAAAUAUUUAUAAUUGGAAGUUCCACCAGUCCCGGAUAGUGUUCUCACAACAUAGUUACAAUAUUGUUUAUUAUUACAAUAUCAUUAGGCUAUUUUUGGGUUUUUACAGUUUAUAUCGUCGUUUACGAUAAGAUUCCGAUUGGCGAUUAGUGAUUACUGAUUACGACUAUUAAAUGAGUACGCUGUCGUGAUCGUUGACUGUCGGCUGUCGCUACAGAAUACAGUUUACACUUUAGUACUUUACAGUAACAUUCAUAUUAAAUAUUUACAAACUGUAAUUGUUUAAACACGUUACACGUACCGGUACCUGCAAUGGCUGUUCCCAAACCCCAAAAAAAUAUUAGAGACUUUUUCAAAUUGAAAACACCUGUGAAAAUUCAGGAACUUAUACCUAACGAGGUGGUUGCAAUAAAUGGACCAGCGGCCGAAAUUGAAGAUAUUGCCUACUCAUUAAAAUAUGACACGAUUCAUGGAACUUUUGGCGGAAACAUUAGUGUAAAAGCUGAUAAUUGUCCAGACAUCGACGGUAAUAACUGUAAUAUUUUAUAUACUUAAAAUAGUUAUAUCUUAAGUACAGAUUUUAAAGCAAUAAAAUACUUAAGAAAAUUACUUAAAAUUAAGCAAUAAAGCUAACAAAUUGGAUUUAUUUUUAUAA